AGAGCGGAAAGGCUCCGGAAAACCGCGCUGCUCUUCCGCGGAGGCUCCGCUGAGCGGACGGGGAGGCGAGAAGAUCAUGUGAUGCGUUUCCAGCUCCAGGGCGCCAUUUUGGAGGAAAGUUUGGAUUUUGGGCAACACUGCAGGAAAGUAGAGGAGAGGAGAGUAGAGGAGAGCAGAGGAGGGGCAGGGCGAGAAGUUUCGGCUGGAGGAAGCGGUACGAGCCGGAUUUCUCGCGGCGUGUCCGCAGAGGAGCAGCGCGCGGACGGACUCCCGUCUUCUCCUGAUCGCGCUUCCCGCUGCCCGAGGUCCGAAGUCCCGUCUUUAAGCCCGUGGAGAUCCUCUCCGUGGCGGAGGAUGAGGGGGAGUGAGCGGAGCUGAAGCGGCUGCCUCUGACCGGCGCCGCACUCGCAGGGAUUUGAUCGGUUUCCAGACACGCGCUGAGAAAGUUCAGAGCGCGGUGCCCGCAGCCCGUCUCGGCUGGACGGCGGGGAAAGGUCGGGGUCACACUGUCAAAUGCGAGAAACAACUUUUUCAGAACUUUCCACCUUCUCGCGCGCGACCUGAUCUCCUGGAUUUCGCGUCAUCGUCAUGCCAGUGAGGAAGAAAGAUGCUCAACAAGCCCUGAAGCUCCUGGAGGAGUACAGGGCAAAACUCAGUCAGACGGAGGACCUUCAGCUCCGACGCUCCAUAGAGAGGGUCAUCACGGUCUUCCAAAGCUCGCUCUUCCAAGCUCUGAUAGACAUCCAGGAAUUUUAUGAAGUGACCUUACAAGAGAAACAAGACGAGUUUACUAAACCCAGCGAAGCAGCAGAACCUUCUCUUCCUUCUCCUCCUGUUAACCAGUGGGAUAUAACCAGCGUCCCCAGCACCAGUGCAACAGCAGAAACACAGCCCAGCAGCCUUACACCUACUAGUGAGAAAUACAGAUAUCAGGAUGAGGACACCACAUCGCCUCCGGAGCACAGCUCCCCCCGCCUGCCUGCCGACCUGCAGCCCCCUGAGCUCGUGCAGGUGUCGGAAAAGAACAUCUCCCAGAUUGAGAAUGUACACGGCUUCGUCUCCCACUCGCACAUUUCCCCCAUGAAGGUAGAGUCACUGGAAUGCAUUUUUGAUGGCCCGUCCCCGGUAGGAGGAGAGGAGGUUCCAGCUCCUGCCUUCUCCACGCUAUACUCACGCAGUGAAGCGCUGAUACAGCAGGCAGAUGCCGUUCCUCCCCCUGCUCCCAUAAUCCCCGUGAUCCCCAUCUCGCCUGUCCCAGCCGACACCACUGUCAUCCCUGCACCCACGUCACAGGCAAGCCCGGCCCCAGUGUUGGUGAACACAGACAGCCUUGACACGUCUCCAUAUGUGAGUCCAUACGUGAAUGGAACAGAAGCUGAUUAUGAAUAUGAAGAAAUUACACUUGAACGAGGUAACUCUGGCCUGGGGUUCAGUAUUGCAGGUGGAACCGAUAACCCCCACAUCGGUGAAGACCCCAGCAUCUUCAUCACCAAAAUCAUCCCGGGUGGAGCUGCUGCCCAGGACGGCAGGCUCAGAGUGAAUGACUGUAUUCUGCGAGUAAACGACGUAAACGUGAGAGAUGUAACUCACAGUAAAGCCGUGGAGGCGCUGAAAGAGGCAGGCUGCAUCGUCAGACUAUACGUCCGAAGAAGAAAGCCUGGCUCAGAGAAAAUUGUGGAUAUAAAACUUGUCAAAGGUCCUAAAGGGCUAGGUUUCAGUAUAGCAGGAGGAGUAGGAAACCAACACAUUCCUGGGGACAACAGUAUCUAUGUCACCAAAAUCAUUGAGGGAGGAGCUGCCCACAAAGAUGGGAGGCUCCAGAUCGGAGAUAAACUUGUUGCUGUCAAUGCUGCUGGCCUUGAAGAGGUGACUCAUGAGGAUGCGGUGGCUGCCUUGAAAAACACAUCUGACGUAGUCUACUUGAAAGUGGCUAAACCCACCAGUGUCUUCAUGAAUGACAGCUAUGCUCCCCCUGAUGUCACCAACUCCUAUUCCCAGCACAUGGAGAAUCAUAUCAGCACCCCAAAUUAUCUGAGCCAGCCCCUGACUCCAGCCACGCCGUCCCGCUAUUCGCCUGUCUCCAAAGGCAUGCUGGGAGAUGAGGAGAUCACAAGGGAGCCUCGGAAGGUGGUACUGCACCGUGGUUCUACAGGCCUGGGCUUUAACAUUGUGGGUGGAGAGGAUGGAGAAGGCAUUUUCAUCUCCUUCAUCCUGGCUGGAGGACCUGCCGACCUGUGUGGAGAGCUGAGGAAAGGAGACCGCAUUAUUUCUGUGAAUGGGGUGGACCUUCGCAGCGCAACCCAUGAACAGGCAGCCGCAGCGCUAAAGAAUGCUGGCCAGACUGUCACCAUCGUGGCCCAGUACAGACCAGAGGAGUACAGUCGCUUUGAAGCCAAAAUCCAUGAUCUCCGGGAACAGAUGAUGAACAGUAGUAUCAGUUCAGGCUCCGGCUCGCUGCGCACAAGUCAGAAGAGGACGCUCUACGUCAGAGCGCUUUUUGACUAUGACAGGAUGAAGGACUCUGGCCUCCCCAGUCAAGGACUGAACUUCCGCUUCGGGGACAUCCUGCAUGUGCUGAAUGCCUCGGAUGACGAGUGGUGGCAGGCGCGGCAGGUGACCACAGAUGGCGAAGUGGAGGAGAUCGGCGUCAUUCCCAGCAAGAGGAGGGUGGAAAGAAAGGAGAGGGCCAGAUUAAAGACUGUCAAAUUCAACUCCAAGUCUCGGGACAAAGGGUCGCUCAAUGACAAGCGUAAAAAGAACCUCUUUUCGCGAAAAUUUCCUUUCUACAAGAACAAGGAGCAGAGCGAACAGGAAACAAGCGAUGUGGACCAGCAUGUAACCUCUAAUGCCAGUGAUAGUGAAAGUAGCUACCGUGGCCAGGAAGAGUAUGUUCUGUCAUAUGAGACGGUCAUGCAGCAGGACGUGAAUUAUACUCGUCCAGUGAUUAUUCUUGGGCCUAUGAAAGACCGGAUCAAUGACGACCUGAUAUCCGAGUUUCCUGAUAAGUUUGCAUCCUGCGUCCCCCACACAACUAGACCAAAGCGCGACUAUGAGCUAGAUGGCAGAGAUUACCAUUUUGUCACCUCUCGAGAUCAAAUGGAGAAAGACAUCCAGGAUCACAAGUUCAUAGAGGCGGGCCAGUACAACAACCAUCUCUAUGGGACGAGUGUGCAGUCGGUGCGAGAGGUUGCAGAAAAGGGAAAACAUUGCAUCCUGGAUGUCUCUGGCAAUGCCAUCAAACGACUCCAGCUAGCACAGCUCUUUCCUAUCGCUGUGUUUGUCAAACCAAAAUCAAUGGAAAAUAUUUUAGAGAUGAAUAAGAGGCUGACAGAGGAGCAGGGCAAGAAGACAUUUGACCGAGCUAUGAAGCUGGAGCAGGAGUUUACAGAGCACUUCACCGCCAUUGUUCAAGGGGACACUUUGGAGGAGAUCUACAACCAGGUUAAACAAAUCAUUGAAGAGCAGUCUGGACCAUACAUCUGGGUGCCAGCCAAGGAGAAGUUGUGAGACGGCAACCUCCGAAGAAACCUUGAUGUUUUUGUUUUUCUUUGUCUUUUUUUUUCUUUUCUCUACCAACCUGGCCUGCUGUGUAAACUGGCACUCUGACCCCAGCGUAGGAGAUACGCUGGCGUCGUAAGACGUGUUUGUGGCUGUCCACCAGCACGUCUGAUUUCAGAUUGCUGCGUGGCACUCGGGUCUGGAGCUUUGCAUUUCCAGCUUCCAGGGGGAAGGGUUAUGCCUAACCAGCGACUCAUUGGGGAGAUAAUAUGGUACAGAUUCCUUAAUGUUUAAGGGAGGUGACUUUCUGGAAGGAAAAAAGGAUUUUAAUGCAUUAUAUACAUUUAGGUUUGUUUUGUUUUUUGUUUUUUUCUUUCUUUCUUUUUCAUAUUAACAAAAGUAAAUGCAUUCAUGUGUAUGUUCACUUGGAGAAUACACAAAGCGACACUUUGCACGUUUUAGCGUUAAAAGCAUGUUUUGGACAGUUCUUUUCUAGUUAACAUAUGUUGUUCUUGAGUUUUCUCUUAGACGUGUAUUUCAGCUACAUUAAUCAUAGCCACAUAAAAAUUGCUUUUCUCUCAUGUACUCCCCUCAAUCUUAUAAUAGGAUCAACCCAUUUUAACUUAUGCAACUUUCACAACUGCACAAGGAGAGGGGCUCUAUGAUUGCUGUUCUGGCACAAAAAAGAUCUUUUUACAACGAUCUGCGGAUGUUUUAAUCUGAUAAAGGUGCUUAUGAGAUUGAGAUCAGGUUGAGGCGCAAAGUGGAAAGGCUGAACAUGUUUUCUGUUUCUGUUUAAAAUCCAGGAGACCAUGUAUUUUAGGAAAAGAAACUGCAAUGCAAAUAUGAGAGAUUGAAAACUGUACACUGAGAUUUUAACGUAUAUUUAACCCUCAGUAUACUGCCUAUUUUGUUAUAAUAAAACUAUAUUGAGCUUUACUGAAACUCUACAGCUAUGAGAGUAAUUUUCUUUAUAUUGUUAAACAUAUAUGAAAAAUAUAUAUAUAAAUCUAUAAAUACAAAUGAGAGUAUAUUUUCCUUUACUUUCACCACCAUCUCCUUACUUUUUUUUUUUUUUUUCCGUUUUCUGCAUAAUGUCACUAUGAAUUUCAUGGCCCUCAGCAAAGACAUACCUGGGCUCGAUGAUGGACUGCCACAGCCAUCUGCUCAGAGCAGUUACAAAAUUCAGUCGUUGGCAGCUAGUUCUCCUCUGCCCUCUCUUCCAUGUGAAUUCUGUCUCUUUUCUUUUCAUGUGGCGUGCAUGGUUUUAAAAGCAAUAGUAUUUAUAACAUGUACUUUAUAAUGAGUACAAGUGAGCUAGAGGUUGACUUUGUGUUUUCAGCUGGAAUUGUGAAAAUGUCAGCGGUGUCGUGGAAAGUGAGCAGCAGAACCUGGUUGACCGUGUCCUUCACAGUGGGUGGGCAUGGGGUACGACCAUAGCUGAAGCGAGGGUGGCUGCAGCACUCUCAAACACAAGCCUUUAAUUCUCCACUGGAGGGCGCUCUCACAGAAUCCACCUCCCAUUCUCAUUCUCGGAGAUGAUUGUUUUCUAAAAGACUGCCUCUCUAUCACUUAUUCACAGCUUUCUAACUCAUUUUUGACUGGACUUUGUAAAUAACCCGCCAACCUGAUUCAUUCCAUUUGUCAAAAGAGGAGAACUGCUAAUAAAAAAAUAUUAAAAAGCA